CGGUGGAGAGCGGAAACAGCCGAGACCAGGGUUUAAUUCUUAUUCUUUCUGUGGGCAGAAUAGCUCAUAAUUCAGAUAUCAAAACAGUUAUUUUGACUCAUAUACCGCGUUUUUUUAGCCUUAACCUAGUCAAGUAUAACCCGGUUCGUGGAUCACAGCUGAGAAGGCAUGGAUCGAGAUGUUUGUGUUCGGUAGGAGCGGGGAGCCGUAGGACGCGACUGCUAACAGCUAGCUCGGCUAGCUCCAGCUUGCUCCGGCUCGGCUAGCUCAAGCUAGCUCCGGCUCGGCUGGAUCAAGCUAGCUCCGGCUCGGCUAGCUCCGGCCAGCUCCGGCUCGCUCCUGCUCGGCUAACCCAAGCUAGCUAGGGCUCGGCUAGCAUUAGCUAGCCCCGGCUCGGCUAGCUCCAGCCUAGCUGUGUCUGGUGGUUAGCACACGGUGAAGGGCCAGGGGCUCUGGGUGAACAGCAGCAGAUGCGCCCCGGGAUGACGGGGACCCAGGGCAGCCCGGUCAAGAGCUACGACUACCUGCUCAAGUUCCUGCUGGUCGGGGACAGCGACGUGGGGAAGGGGGAGAUCCUGGACAGCCUGCAGGAUGGCUCGGCCGAGUCCCCGUACGCCUACACCAGCGGUAUCGACUACAAAACCACCACCAUUCUACUGGAUGGGAGGAGAGUGAAGUUAGAGCUCUGGGAUACCUCUGGGCAAGGCAGGUUCUGCACCAUCUUCAGGUCAUAUUCCCGUGGUGCACAGGGCAUCCUGUUGGUGUAUGACAUCACUAACGGCUGGUCGUUUGAUGGCAUCGAUCGCUGGAUCCGAGAGAUCGAUGAGCACGCUCCCGGCGUGCCCAAGAUCCUGGUGGGGAACCGGCUCCACCUGGCCUUCAAGCGGCAGGUGCCCACGGAGCAGGCCCGCGCCUACGCCGAGAAGAACAGCAUGACCUUCUUCGAGGUCAGCCCUCUGUGCAACUUCAACGUCAUCGAGUCGUUCACCGAGCUGUCGCGCAUAGUGCUGAUGAGGCACGGCAUGGAGAAGUUCUGGAGGCCCAACCGAGUCUUCAGCCUCCAGGACCUCUGCUGUCGCUCCAUAGUCUCCUGCACCCCGGUCCACCUCAUCGACAAGCUGCCCCUCCCGGUGGCCAUCAAGUCCCACCUGCGCUCCUUCUCCAUGGCCAACGGCAUGAACGCCGUCAUGAUGCAUGGACGCUCCUACUCCGUCACCGCCAGCCAGGCGGGCGGCGGCGGCGGUGGCGGCGGUAGCAAGGGCAACAGCCUGAAGCGCUCCAAGUCCUUCAAGCCCCCCCAAAGCCCCCCGAAGACCACCUCCUCCUCCUCCGCCUCCUCCUCGUCCUCCUCCUCUAAGGGGAACUGCAAGAUAUCCUAGGGGUGGUGGGCGACCCCCCCCGUCGGGGCGGGGGGGUCGUAGAGCCACCGGGGUGGGAGGGGGUGCUUGCUGCAGCCAGGGUUGCCAGAUUGGCUCGGGGCCCAAUCGCAGCCUGCGUUGGGAGUACUGCCGUGGGGCUACGCUCUUUGAUUGGCCGCUGACAUGGAGCGGAUGGGUUUGAGGUUUUCUACAGAACGGGGGCCAUCUUGGGAGGGCCUCUCAGAAUCCCAGUGGAUUACUGGGAAGUUACUGGUGCUGGUGGGACUGAGAGGCGGUGUGUGUGCGCCCGUCAACGCUCCGAUGGAUGGACCCUGUCGGCGGGGGGGGGGGCUUUGUGAUCACAUGAUGAUUGUAUGGAUGAGUUUGGUCGUUCUCUGAACAACCGGUCCUGUGUUGUUGAAUUUGGGGAAUUCUGUGUUUUUGAAUGUAUUGUAUCAUUAACUUUAUUUUUUUUCGUUUACGUGUUAUUUAUGCUAACGGCAGCCUGGGGACUCCAGGAAUAAUUAUUUAGAUGCCUUUAUUUACCUCUUCAGGUGCUUCCGUUCAUUCCUAUUGGUUAAAGGGGUGUUGUUGCAUGACAUCACCCCUUUUAAUACGUGUCAAACCGACCCCUGUUGUCGACCAAUCACAGACGGGUCACUGGUCACCAGUACCUGCUCACUGGCGGGUCACUGGUCACCAGUACCUGUUCACCAUUCAGCCCACAGACAGGUCACAGGUCACCUGUACCUGUUCCUCACAGGUGUGUUCUGGGUCUCAGUGCUACACUGCGGCCAAACGGUUGGAUUGAUCGAUGUGGGCUUCUGUAGGUCUCUACUCAACCGUAACGCACAGGCCCAGUUUUCCAUGUCUAAGAUACUUUAAAAAACGUUUUUCAGAAAUGUCCAACUUUUUCAUUACCGUGCCAUCUGUUUUUUUUUUUUUUUUUUUUUAAGUCUGAUUGAAAAUUGGAUUUUUAGAAAUAUUUUUAACAUGGUCAUUUUUUAACUGUCCAACUUUCAUAAACUGAAUCUUUAUCUUGGCCUUCCUAAGGUUGGAAGUCUGUUUAUAUACAGGGUCACAAGACAUUUGCAUUUCUUAUAAAGGAAAGUUAAUAAAAGAAAAUGUCUUUGGAGAAAGUGU